UAGAGAACUCCUAACCGUCCGCGCGUGCAGCCAAUCACAGCGCUCCGCUCAGGGAAUGAGCGGGCGGGGCUGACGUUCUCUGCGCUCCCGUUGGUCGCCGUCACCAUGGAGAUGUUUGUGGGCGUGGCCUGAAGUGCAGCGCGGCGGUCUCUGGCAGUGAAGCGGUUACAUGGAGUCUGUACACCUGCAGCUUAGCAGCAGUGGCAUUAAGAUGAAUGGGCUAGACUUGGAAGUCGGAAUCCUGAAAUCUGAAUUGCAUAAAAGGACCAGAGAAAUGCAAACGCUGGAAGCUCAAGUCCAACAGCAGAAAGAAAGCCUACACAGGGCGAGCGACAAACUGAAGGACACAAAGAGAGCCGCUGCAAGCAAGAUACACGACAAAGAAAGCAAACGUGAGGCCCUACAGAAGGAACUAUUAAAAGCUCAAAACCAGUACUCUGCAUGUUAUGAUGAGUUGCUCCACCGGGACAAACUUCUACAUAAACUUAAGGCAGAAAAUAUUCAGCUGACAGAGCAAAUCAUGCAGCAGUCCCAGGACAUUACCAAGACGAGUGAAGAAAGGAAGAGACUGGAGCUGAAGCUGGCGGUUGUCACAGAGAGACAUAAAACUGCGCAACAGGAGGUUAAUAACAGAGAUCAAAUCAUAUUACAACUUAAAACAGACUUGAAAACAUCACAGGAGAAAUAUUUUGGCACUCAAGAAGAACUGAGCCUUCAAGAGUCAGAAGUUUCAAGACUCCAGCAAAGGGUUAAAUCUUUACAGAGUGAAUCUCGGGAAUUGUGGGAAAAAUGCAACGAUCAGGAGGAUCGACUAAAUCAGUCCGAAAAGGCAAAGCAACAGGUCCUGCAUGAACAAGAGAUCCACCUGGGCCAGAUCCAGAACUACACGAUGAUGAUAGAGAAACUUCAGAGCGAUCUAGAUCAAGCCAAGCGUUCUCACACUGCUGACCUAGAAAGGUGGAACCAAAAGGCUUCCCUCCUGCAAAAAGAUCUGAGCUCUGAGUCUUCACAACAUCAAGCAGAUCUUCUGAAAAUGCAAGAGUGCAAGGAAAAAAUAUUCUCUCUUGAAGAAAACUUAGACCGUGCCGAACUUGUGUACCAAGAUGCAAAAAAGAAGAUUGAGACUCAAGAAGAAACUAUACAAAAUCAAAAUAUGGACAUAGAACAGCUACAGCAACAAGUCCGAAUACUUGAGAAAAAUGUAUUAGAAACCCACAACCAGGCCAAAGCAUCCGAGGCUGCUCUAGAACAGUAUAAGAAGAAGUGCCGAUCCACUAUGGACACCAUGAAAUCUCUAGAGAAGCAUGUUGGGACCCUACAACAGCAUGUGACAGAAUCUACUAGUGAGAUCACCAACAAAAAGGAAAUAAUUAAGAGCCUGGAAGCUGAAGUAUUGAUUCUGCAACGUCAGUGUAAGGAAAAGGGUGACCAGGUAGAAGCCCUUGAACACCUGAUUAACCAGUUAACUGGAGAGUUACAUUCCUCUAAGGACCAUGUUAAAUUGAACAAAGAGCAGUGCCAGCAGUAUGAGCAGCAGGUGGAAGCAUUGAAAGAAAAGCUUGAGAUCCUUCAAGAGCAGAUCUUUAAGAGCCAAAAUGACAUAAAUAACAUUUCUUCUAAAUUGAAGGAGUACAAGUCAACUCACAGUCACUCAAAUGAAGAUUAUGAAGCACAAUCUUUAGAACUACAGGGGUGCCAAAAAGAGAUAGAGGACCUACGAAGGCAAGUCUGUGAAAAGACAGCAAAGGUAGAGGGGUGUCAGCAAAUUAUUGAACGCCAGAACGCUGAAGCUGGAAAAGCACUUGACCAGCAGAGGAAGUAUGCACAUGAAACUGAAGAGCUAGAAAAGACCUUACGUUCCCUGCAUCUGGAAAUCCUGACAGGCCAGCAGAAGCACAAAGGAGAACUUGUUCGAUUAGAACAGACAGUGGCUCAGCUGGAGGCAGAACUGAAGGAUUCCAAUGCCGUUUGUAUGAAGAAAGAGCAGGCAAUAAGCAAAAGAGAUGACCUUCUGCGAAAAUCGGAAGCCGAUCUCCUGCAGGCAAGAGAAGGUAUCAAAGAAAAGGCGGCGGAGGCAGAGCACCUUGGCGGUGCGGUCAAGAAACUGGAAGAGAGAAUCGAGGAUGCUGAGAAAAAAACGAAUCAAAAGGAGAAGGAGAACGGCGCGCUCAGAGCCGAGAUAAAGGACCUCGGUGUGGAACUGCAAGACGUGCAUAAGCUGUACAGGGAAACAGCACAAGAACUUGCCAGUCAAGAAGAAAAACUUCUCCUACUAGAAUCCAGCUUGAAAGCGACUCAAGAGCAGCUAAGUGAACAAAUAGCUGAAACCGUUCGCCAGGAACAGACCAGCAGAAAAUCCCAGACGGACCUGAAGACCCUUAAAGAACAACUCACAGCUUCCGAGCAACAAAAUGGCGAAUACAAAGAAAUGCUUGAACAUAUGAAGGCGGAAUUCACAGCAUUAAAGGUACAGCACCAGUCGGCAGUCCAAGAAGGUCUUCAGCUUCAACAGACCAAUCACAAGUAUGAGAUAGAGAAUGCCUCUGUCCAAGAGAGGGCGCAAAAUUUACACCAGCAGGUUGAGAAUUCUGAGAAACUAGUGAAAGGUUUACGUGAAGAGCUCAACCAGGGCCAGUGGCAUCACCAAGAAGGGCAAAUUCUGAUAGACAAGUUAAAGAAACAGACAUCAGAUAUGGAAUGUGAAGUUGAGAAUUUGAAGGCCAGAAAGAAGAGCGACUCUCAGCUGAUUAAAGAACAAGAAAAUCGAUUAAUUAAAUUGGAGGAUGAAAUCAGCCAGUUACAAGAAAAAAGUAGUUCCUCUCAAAGUGAUCUACUAGAAGCUCAAGCACAGAUAAAAAUUCUCCUCCUGAAUCUUUCUAUGGCAGAGAAACGGAACAAAUAUUACACAACACAGGCUGAAUUUUAUGAGGAAACGAUAGCGAAACUGCAAGAAGAUUUGGAACAGUCAAAGAGACACUGCAGAAAAUGUACAAAAAGUCUGGAGUCUGCUGAGCAGAACAUUUGUGAUUUGAAACUGGAAAUAACUUUAUUACAAGCAAAUCACAAACAGACAGUGGAACAGCUGAAUGUGAAGACUAAAGAGAGCUCCGUUCUCAGUGCUGAACUCCUCAAGCUAAAAGAAGAACUUUUCGAGUUAAAGCAAGAAUCUAAAGCUGAAUUUUUGAAGCUUCAGCAUAAAAGUAAAACAGAGGAGGUUUCUAACGAAGAAAAAGUUGAUCUGGGGAUCACAGAAAAAUUAUCAAACUAUACUGCGCGCAACCAGGAGAGACUCAUUGUGCUUGAAAGGGAAAGUUUGGACCUUAGAGAGAAGUUAAAGCUUAGCUUUCUGGAAGUGGAAAACUUGCAAAAUGAACUGAAAACCUCAGAAAAGAAAUGCAUUACGGCACAGAGGGAGCUGGAAAUCCUGCGCCAAGCUCUAGAAGCAACACAAACUGACAACAGUCGCCUCCAUAAGGAAAGUGAAUUUGUGGCUGCAAAUGUUAAUCAGUGGAUCAAAGAGCAAAAGCUUGCCAAUGAACACCUAGGCGAGAAAAUUCAGGAGCAAAACCAACUCUUGGCGCACCUAACGGGGGAAAGAGACAACUUCCAAAAAAGAGAAGAGAUCUUGUCUGCAGCGGUUAACAGACUUAAAUCUGAAAUGGAAGAGUUGAAAGAUGAAAAUGAAAAAUUAAAGGGAAACGGUGUUGAACAGCGUGCGCUAAUUUCAGAACUUAGAAGACAGCUGGAAACACAAGAGUUGGAGCAUGCAGCCAUUUUGGAGAAGAAUCUAGCAGCCACUGAAGACAUGCAAGGUCGAUUAAAAAAUAAUAUAACAUCAAUUCAUUUUUUAAACCAGAAGCUGACUGAACUAUGUCAGGAGAAUGGAUGUCUACGGCAGCAGCUGGAAGAGAAGAGGCUUAAAAACCAUCAGCUGGAUGUCCAAGUGGAAUCCUGCAACCAGACUUUGUCUAAUGGUUUCACUCAUCUGAAAGCUAACGGGCAGAAGAAUGGUUUCUAUAAAGAGCCAACCCCUAAAAAUGUGUUAUCCUGCAGCCACAGGAACCAGACAUGUUGUGAUAAACAAUUUCAGAUUCUUUCUCCUAACCAGGAGACAAAGGACAAUUUAAAAGGAGUACUGAACCAGUUGGUCGUCAAAGAUUCAGAAGAUAAAUCAUGUUGGAUACAACAUUUUGCAGAUCUUUCUGACCUUCUACAAGGGAACUACAAUGAGAUGAAUGGACAGAAAUGAAGUAAUAAUGUUAUCAUUGAUCCUAGCCUUAAUAUUUUCAUAUAUACUGCUCUAGAUUUUUGGAUUAUUUUAUAUAAAAUUUGUCAAGUGACUGUCUGUGUUCAGGUGGUGGUCAAGUUCUACCACGAAGAAACUU